AGAUGAAGCAUCUGGUUUUUGUUAUCUCAAUGAUGCUGUCCUGGGAAUAUUACGGUUGCGACGGAAAUUUGACCGUAUUCUCUAUGUGGAUUUGGAUCUGCACCAUGGAGAUGGUGUAGAAGAUGCCUUCAGUUUCACCUCCAAAGUCAUGACGGUGUCCCUGCACAAAUUCUCCCCAGGAUUUUUCCCAGGAACAGGUGACGUGUCUGAUGUUGGCCUAGGAAAGGGACGGUACUACAGUGUAAACGUGCCCAUUCAGGAUGGCAUACAGGAUGAGAGGUAUUACCACAUCUGUGAAAGUGUACUAAAGGAAGUGUACAUAGCCUUUAAUCCCAAAGCAGUGGUCUUACAGCUGGGAGCUGAUACAAUAGCUGGGGAUCCCAUGUGCUCCUUUAACAUGACUCCAGUGGGAAUUGGCAAAUGUCUUAAGUACAUCCUUCAGUGGGAGUUGGCAACGCUCAUCUUGGGAGGAGGAGGCUAUAACCUUGCCAACACGGCUCGAUGCUGGACAUACUUGACCGGGGUCAUCCUAGGGAAAACACUAUCCUCUGAGAUCCCAGAUCAUGAGGUAAGUAAGGCUCUGACAGUCUUCUCUUCUUUAAGGGGAAGAGCUGAGUCAUUCCACCUAAUCAAAAUCACGUCCUCACCACUCAAUACUGUUUUGUUGAGAGACACUCCAAUAACAAUAACACACUGUCUUGGCAGAAUAGUGGGCUCUUGUUCCAAAAUAUCCAAGACCUUCUGCCUUUUUUUUAUAAGAGAUCUCAAAGGCCAACCAACUUUAAUUUCUCAAUUAAUUACAGAGACUGUGGGAAGGGGUCACCUGUUCAUACAAAGAAAUCUUUGGAAUAUGUGUAUAUUUUCAUCCCCUAGUCUCAAAACAGAAGAGGUAAUUUUUUUAAAAUAUAGAAACUGGGUUCUCCUCUAUCUUAAAAAUGUCCUAUAGGCAGUAUGUCGCACCUCUGUUCUUUGGUGGUAGUCCUGAUCGCUCACUUUUCUUUGGCUGAUGUAAAAUUUAAAAAAAAACACACAUAACCACUACCAAGACAGGUCUGGAAUUUUUUUGACAAUUAGUGGCACACAAAAUUUGGGGCAGAACCAUCCAAAAUAUGAAACAUGUCAUUUAAACUUUUGCUAUUUUCUUUAGUUAUAUGAGAUGGACUUUAUGUUUUCCAAGCACAGAUGUCUGUUCUUGUUUUCUCAAAAGAAGUAUAUGUAAUAGAAAGUUCUCUGAGAACUACAAGUGUGCUGAUCCCUUUAUCUGAAAGUAUACCCCUUUA